GUGUGUGGACUGUGGAGUUAAUGGCGGUUAACCUGGAACAGCUUGUUGAUGACAGCGAUUGGACUGAGGUAAAGGUUAUCAACCGCUACGCUGUGUUCAUGAGUUAUCUAUCCAUGGCCAUCAAGGGCUUGGGUUUCUUGGUGCUUACUUGGACCACCGUUGUACUUCUCGGUGGCUUCGUCUCUAUGCUGCAUAAGAAGGACUUUUGGUGUUUGACCUUCAUCACCCUUGUACAGACAGCUGGGUUAGUACUCCUCUCUCCCUUUUUUUUUCGUAUCACUUAUAUAUAGCUCUGACUACAAAAGAUGUACAACAGGAUUUUUGAUGUUAAUCUGAAUGAGAAACUAGGCUAUAUGAAGAAUGCAUUCAUGGGGUUCUUCGUGGCCAUUGUUUGGGGCAUAGUAGGUGAACAUAUGGCCCCUCAGAUGACGAUGUACCCAGGCCCUCUGGUGAUUCAUUUCUUGACUUAUAUGUGUCUCAUGUCGGUGGCAUUACUUUUAACAUUGGUUCAAGUAGUGGUGUUUGCCAUAAUAUUGGGCCCUCUGGCGAUUAUAUACGUGCUUGGGAUAUUCAUGUCCGGAGUGAUUUCAUUGUGGCGUCUGAUAGAGCACGAUUAUGGGAGCAACUCGGAUGGAGAAGCAUCAAACCUAUCGCCGGCUAUGGACACCUUGUACUACCUUGCUCUGCUCCAGGGUGUGCUCUUCUGCUAUAGGUUCGUGUUGGGUCGCGCGGAGAAGAGGAUGCCUAAGGCCGGGGCCGACUCGAAAGUUCAAGUAGUACUUCAGAAUUACUUGCGCGAAACAAAGAGAGGAUGUGAGAAGGACCCGACAUUUGCGGAAGGAAGGAACCUUACCUCAUAUGCUGUUGACAAGAUUGGUUCCAAUUCACCAGUUGACUGCAUUUCCGGGGUGAAGAUCUUGUACGCAGCCAUAAGCAUGGUGGAGAUGCAGGAUAUUUGGGAUAGUCCGAGCAAUGUCACUGGGCAGCGCAUGCUCAUGAAACAUCUGGUCUUGUCUGCAUCAUCCUCUCGACACGUACUGCAAAAAUUGCUAGAGAUGAUGGAUUCAAGAGGCCUACAUGACAGAGAGAUAAGAAACCAGGCCGCGACGAUAGUGGAGCGACUUGCAUUCUACAUUAAUUUGGAGCAGUUUCCUCGGGGUAUUCAACACAUAUCUUCCCUAAUCGGGACGUUUGAACAAUACAACUUAGCCGAGCCAUAUACCAGUUCCAAAAAAGAAUAUGAGCAUCAUUUGAAACUACAGGUCACUCGUCGGCGCCCUUCACUGGCAGGCGAACUUGGGGAAGCCUACAAGGAGUUGUUGUUACAAGGCCUGUCUAUCCUCCGGAAUCUUGCUGCCGACGAAAACAAUUGCAGAGUCAUGAGCGACACCCGGGAUCUAGUCUCCAAGAUCAUGGCGCCCGUCACUUCUGACCUACUCGACCACACCACUCGUGAUCAUGGUACAUGGUACGAAGUAGUAGAUCGAUCAAUGGAAGUGAUGAGCCAAUUAACCAAUGCUCAAGGAGAAACUGGGACCAAGCUACGUCGUGAAAUAUCAAGCGACGCAAAAGCAAUCGGCACUCUCCAGAGGAUUGUUAGCUGUAAAAAUUGUAAAGAAGAGCUGCGGCAAAGAGCCAUUUGGAUUCUCAGACGAUUGUACAAGGAUACUAUCGGAACAAACAUAUCAGCUAAUUUCGAUUUUCUCAAAAGAGGAAAUAGUUAUUGCAGAGAAGACUUUGUUAGGCUGCUAGUGAACAUCUUUACUCACAAUAACGAGUAUAGCAGCUCCAUCAGAGGAUAUGCAGGAGAAGCACUGUCUGAGAUAUGUUCCCUUGGCCGAAUUAGUGAUGCCACAAUUGUCAUACAAACAAGUGGUGAUGUUGUUGAUAGUUUCGCUCAAGUGCUUUUACAUGAAGAGGACAAGACAUGCGGACAAGCAGCUGCUGAAAUUCUUGAGCAUCUAUGUACCCAUUACACCAAGGAUGAUGAAUACCUUCGCAAACUUAAGAAGGCAAUCCUCGGGGUGAUUGGAAAAAUACUUUGUUGUGGAGACGUAACGCAUAAUGGAAAAGACAUAGAAAGCCUGUGUGAUGGCAAAGAAGAAUACAGUGAUCGGGACAAGAAGUACGAGGGAUUCCAGGUGGACGCACUCUCAAUCUACGACAUGAGGUUGAUCAUUGAUUUGCAUCCUCAGUUGGAUGCAUCUAACUUUCUAAACAAGCUCAAGCAGAUAGUAGUUGAAAAAAGUGACUCCACCGUCGAAAACUUGUCAUUGUGCAAGGCUACCGGUAAUAUGGUCAUAUCAAUGAUGAAAUACUACACUAGUGGCGGGUUCUUCAAGCAAGAGGACUUUGGAAGCUUGAUAGAGGCACUCUCUGGUACUUCCAAGAAAAUGCUGGAUCUCGACUACUCAGUGGUUUGUUCUUCUGCCAGCAGCUCCGAAACUAGAAUGAAGCUUGAUGGGCGCACUCUCGCGUCCCUCGUGAGAGAAGCGAAAGAACUGCUUGCUACCAGGCUACCAUCUGCCUCUUUCGGUGGUUGA